UAUCCUAAUUUUGUUGCAAAAUGUUUCUUAAACGGAAGCAAGCUGAACGAAAACGAGGAAGAACCUAACUGAAUUAGUCCAAUAGAAACUCUCGUUUUCGUUGUAAAAACGCAACUGUUUACAACUGUGUGGACGAAUGAUUACACCACCUUCUCGUAAAGCAGGGGAUACGCGUUUGCAGCGAUACAACUGAAGAGAAAGCAGUACCAAGUAUUAUCGUGCGUCGGAUCAGUGGAACAACAGCGAGCAAAUAGAACGGAAGGAAUGUACCAGCAACGGUGUUCAACUAUUAGAUCAGCAGCUUGAUCAACUGUCUCCGGCGCUGGAUCCGCUACAUUAGGCCUGAUGGAGCUGGGCACUCGACGAGCGCUGACCACUGAGGAACACCCACCACACUCUGCCUCCCACUGCCAACCUUGAAGGGAGGGACCCUCUGCUCCCCCCCCCCUAAUCCCCUUCCCUUCUCCCCUACUCCUCCUCCUCUACUCCAACAUUACCUCCUCUGAUACACCUCCAUCCUCACCCCUCUGUGGUCCUGAGAUGGUGAUGAUGGGGAAGCUGAAGCAGAACCUGCUGGUGGCCUGUCUGGUUAUCAGCUCAGUCACAGUCUUCUACUUGGGUCGUCACGCCAUGGAGUGUCACCACCGCAUCGAGGAGCGCAGCAGCCAGCCUGGGGACCAAGGGGUUCUGGGGGGCCUUCAGGGGCCGGGAGGGGUCCUCCUGGGCGGCUCGUUGGGCUCCUCCGCCAUCCUGCGGGGGUCCAGACCCGGGGGCCAUAACCUCUCCGCUCCAUUCGUCUACAACAAGGACAUGCCCCUAGUGUUUAUUGGAGGGGUUCCCAGGAGUGGGACCACGUUGAUGAGAGCCAUGCUGGACGCUCACCCCGAGGUUCGUUGUGGAGAGGAGACCAGGGUUAUUCCACGUAUCCUGGCCAUGAAACAGAUGUGGUCGCGGUCGGGGAGGGAGAAGAUGCGUCUGGACGAGGCCGGUGUGACGGACGAGGUCCUGGACGCCGCCAUGCAGGCCUUCCUCCUAGAGAUCAUCGUGAAGCACGGCGAGCCCGCCAACUUCCUCUGUAACAAGGACCCCUUCGCUCUGAAGUCCCUCUCCUACCUGGCUAAGAUCUUCCCGCACGCCAAGUUCGUGCUCAUGAUCCGGGACGGACGCGCCUCGGUCCAUUCGAUGAUCUCGCGUAAGGUGACGAUCGCUGGCUUUGACCUGGGCAGCUACAGAGACUGCCUGACCAAGUGGAACAGGGCCGUAGAGACCAUGUACACUCAGUGCCUGGAGGCCUCAGACAAGUGCCUGCCGGUGCAUUAUGAACAGCUGGUGCUCCAUCCAGAGAAGUGGAUGAGGACGCUGCUCAAAUUCCUGGACAUUCCCUGGAACGAGGCAGUGCUUCACCAUGAGGAACUCAUAGGGAAAGCAGGUGGUGUUUCUCUCUCCAAGGUGGAGAGGUCUACAGACCAGGUGAUCAAGCCGGUCAACGUGGAGGCCUUAUCCAAGUGGGUAGGCAAGAUCCCUGCGGACGUACUGAGAGACAUGCCCGUCAUCGCCCCCAUGUUGUCCCGUCUGGGGUACGACCCCCACGCCAACCCUCCCAACUACGGCCGGCCAGACCCCAAGGUCCUUGACAACACCAGGAGGGUCUUUAAAGGUGAAUUUCAGCUACCUGAGUUUCUAAGAGAACAAUCUCAGCUUCAGAAGACUCCAGAGAAACCUAACCCGCCACAGAGCCAGACUAGGCAGCGAUGGACAGAGGAAGAUAUCCAAUAAACUCAGCAUCAUCUUUUGGGGACCUUCGUGCUCUUCCAUGGACACGACUUGAUAUAACCGUUUUACACACACACACACACACACGUUAGCCUGUGUCAGUGGGGACCGGACCACCUUGGCUUGGAGAACUCUUUUGGCCUUCGAUGUUGUACUGUAAACGAAUUAUGAUGUGUUUUGUCACUAAAAUGGUGACCAGAAAAUGUUGAUGUUACGUUAUGUUUCUUUCUUGUCUAGGGCUGCAAAAUUCUGGCAAAUUUCAAAAGUUUCCUAGAUUUUUCCAGAAAUCUCAUUUGGAAGAUUCCGGAGUUCAGCAAGAAAUCUGUAAUCCUAGAAACUAGGGUUUCUGGAAAAUACUUUGAAAUUUGAGCAAAAAUUUUUCAGCAUUUUGCAACACUAUUCUUGUCACACCAUGCUCAUCUGGAUUUGUAGUUUUCUUCUGGCUAUAUAUAAAAAAAAAAUCUGUGAUUCUGUUGUAAGAAACUACAGUGGACUUUAAAUGUAAAUCUAAAAAAAAGUACAGUUAUUUAUAGAUGAAAUUUAGCUUUUUGAAGAUGCUAUAUCUAUUUUAAUGUUUCAUUUUGUUUUUUCAUGCCUUUUUGUAUCGUGCAAUUCCAUGGGUACUGUGAUGUACAAGAUCCUAGUAUUGACAGUGAUAAAGAUGGCAUUUUGUAA